AUGGAUGGAGCUCCUCAUGAGGAUAGCCAAGCCCCAUCAGUGGAUACAGAGACAGACUUGUGGACUGUGCAAGACACAGUUUGUCUGAUGAUGUUUGAAGACCCGGCCUUGCUGGCUCCAGGACGCAUCGUGGACCUGCCGGCUGGGUUUACGCAUGAAUGGGUUGUUGAGCUGUUAAAAAACCUUCCGGGCCCCACAGAACCUCACGAUCUUCCGGGUCUCAGGAAGUUUUGUGGCUUGGGGGCCAGCCAAGGGGAAACUCCUGAUGAGGCUGGUUUGGCCUUGCAGAGGCUAAUCGUGUCCUACCAGGAUGCUGCAGCUGCAGCAACGGCAAUGCUUGAGUGUGAGAGUGAGGUGAUGACAACAAUCGAAACCCAGCAGAAGAAAGCUGAUGCUAUCAUGAAGCAGCUUGAUAUGCUUGGUGAGAAGGGUAAACUCUCAACAGAGCAACUUGGCCAAAAACAAGCAGCUGUGAAGCAUCAGCUGCAAGCUUCAACAGAUGCUUUGCAGAAUGUUUUGCAGAGCAAGAAGGAUGAGAAGUGUGAGAAGCAGCUAGAGUGCGUGGAUGCAACACUCCGGCUCCACGAACUGAUCAUGCAGAAGCCUGUGGAUGCCCCGGUCCCUGAAAGUACUCAAGUCACUGAGCCAACAGGUGAUGUGGAAACUGCACAGGAUAUUGAUUUGGAAUCGUUUGAGGCGGAGCUGUCAGCCUUCCUAGAUCCUCCUUCGGAAUCCCUCGUGUCUGGUGUUGAGAACACCUUUCUUUGUGUGCCUCCACGCGUGGAAAAGCCCGACCUUGAUGCACCCAUCUUCGCGCCUAUUCAUGUGGUCAUCGAUGAUGACGAUGAUCAUGGACCUCAGGGGGAGACGCCAAGUGCACCCCCGGCAGAGGAAACCCCGGCCCCGGUGGCCCCAGUUAAAGCCAAAGUGGGCAGUGCGAUCCAGGCAGCUUUGAACAGGAAAACCACAAUCGAGCUGGAAGUCACUCGCCAACAAUAA